AUGACGUAUCAUUUUAAUACUUUCCAGAUUGAGGAUGAUACUGUGUUCUAUUCCAGCGAGUUCAGUUACGCCUUCACAAACUUAAAGUGCUUCAGGCCAGGACACGUGCUCGUCUGCCCGAAACGAGUCGUCAAGUACAUUGAUGAACUGAGUUGGGUGGAACAAAAAGACUUGGUCGAGACGGUACAACGGGUUGCAAAAGCAAUGCUAGAGUUCUACCACCUCAAACCUAGCGGUGUUACACUCACUCUGCAGGAUGGAAAGGGGGCCGGACAGUCAGUCCCUCAUGUCCACUACCAUGUAAUUCCUAUGAUCCCCACGGAACCAACAAGUCACAGUAAACAAUACUAUGACUUGGUGAAGUCCGGAAACUUCGGACCUGUCGAGUCUCUCAAACCCUAG